AUGAAGUUAUUAUCCACAUAUUUAUCCCUUUUGCUAUUUGCAUGGUUUACUCUUGCAGAUAUUGUUGCACCUCUUCAACCUGCUUCAGUAGAAUUAUUAGUAAGAGAUGAUGGUAGUGCAGGCGAACCAACUCAAGAACAACUUGAACUUGCUCAAUAUCUUCAAGAAUUAGUUGUUGCUUCAGGUUUAACUCCAGAAAAUCUUACUAAAAGAGAUUAUCCAGAUAAUGCUGCUUUGACAGCUGCUUUCACUGCUUUGAAUAAAUCUGGUCAAGGUGUUACUAUUGUCCAUGGUUUGGCCACUAACUCUUUGAGUCAAGGUGGUACUGUUGAUAUUGUUAACAGUUAUAUUAAAAAUACUGGUUUGACUAAAAUUUUAUCUGCUGCUAAUGAAUCAGGUUUGGCUGUUAGUAUUGUUAUGAGAUUUUUCAUUAAUUAUGAUUUACUUCCUGGAUUAUGGGAUAUCAUUGUUGCCUUGUGGAAUAAUGGUACUAUUAGUAUUGGAAAAAGAUGGAUUUUGGGUGAUCUUAUCGGUAGUGUUAUUAAUACUGCUCAAGAAACCAUUCUUGGAUCUUUGAUAACUUUAAUUAAUGCUGUUACAGAUUUAGGUAAAAUCUGUUCAUCUUUAAAUAAAUCUGGAUUGGCAGUGUCUAUUUUGGAUGAUUUAGUUAGUACUUCUGAUGGUAGAGGAUUUUUAGUCAAAGUCGUUACCAAGGGUGUUCAACAAGGUGUUUUGAGUUUUGGCAUUUUGAUUGAUGCUUUGAAAGAUUCUGGUGUACUUGUGGACACUUUUACUACCAUUAUUGGUAAUUCCACUUACAGAAAGAUUAUUUUCAUCUGGGCUGUCAAGAAUUUGGUCAGUCUUAUUAAAUACAUCUUCUAA